UUUGAACCUGUUUUUAUAGGCACUAUUGCUGACCUCAUGACGCAGGCUGUUUUGCACAGUGAGCAAUGCACAUGGAUAUAUAGUGGGAUGCAGUGAGAAGGUGUUAGCAGUUCUGCAGUCUUCACAGCACAGCUAACAGAAUGUUUUCCAUCCUGGUCCUCAGUCUUCUCUGUGCACAUGCUGUUUCAGCAGCUGAACCUGAGUCCCGAUAUUCUUCCUUUUCGGGCGAGGUUGGCGCUGGAAGUGGAUCUACAUAUUCUACCUAUGGAUCCAAUUCACAAAGCAGGAUCACAGCUGUGAGGGUCUGGGAGCGCUUCAACAGUGGCAUAGCCAAAAUUCAAGUGCAGCAUGGAUAUUACUGGAACACAGUUUGUGGCACAGGAUCAGGCACAGUGCACGAGUUUCAGCUUCACUCAGAUGAGAAGAUCAUCCAGGCGUCAGGGAAAUACAAUGAUUAUGUGUACCAGAUAACCUUCGUCACCAACAAGGGCCGUACCUUUACUGUGGGCCAGCCAAGCGGGUCGUCCUUCAACUUCUACCCUGUCUAUGGGCAGAGUGAACUCAGGUACUUCACUGGGCGCUACAAUUCUGUGGGACUCACUUCCAUUGGAUUCCACUGGGGAGUGCCGUUCUCCGCCUCGAGAGUGGGACUGGAAGAAGAUUCUCAACUCUCCUCUGGGCUGAUCUCAAGCAAUCAGACACACGUAUAGAGCUGCUCAUCUCAAGCAAUCAGACACACAGAUAGAGCUGCUCACGAGCCCUUUUCAAUCAUGGCUUUUGUAAAUUCUCAGUUUGUUUAAAACAAAGACAAAAUGUUUUGGCCGGUUU